GGAAUGAAGUUAUUGGAGUGAUGACAGGAACACGGGAGAACAAUGCUCUGUUUGGGCUGGAUAUUUCUUUGGCUUGUUGCAGGAGAGCGAAUUAAAGGAUUUAAUAUUUCAGGUUGUUCCACAAAAAAACUCCUUUGGACAUAUUCUACAAGGAGUGAAGAGGAAUUUAUCUUAUUUUGUGAUUUACCAGAGCCACAGAAAUCACAUUUCUGCCACAGAAAUCGACCCUCACCAAAACAAGUCCCUGAGCACCUGCCCUUCACGGGUAGUAACGACCUAUCUGAUGUCCAAUGGUACCGACAACCUUCGAAUGGAGAUCCAUUAGAGGACAUUAGGAAAAGCUAUCCUCACAUCAUUCAGGACAAAUGUACCCUUCACUUUUUGACCCCAGGGGUGAAUAAUUCUGGGUCAUAUAUUUGUAGACCCAAGAUGAUUAAGAGCCCCUGUGAUGUAGCCUGUUGUGUCAAGAUGAUUUUAGAAGUUAAGCCCCAGACAAAUGCAUCCUGUGAGUAUUUCGCAUCACAUAAGCAAGACCUACUUCUUGGGAGCACUGGAUCUAUUUCUUGCCCCAGUCUCAGCUGCCAAAGUGAUGCACAAAGUCCAGAGGUAACCUGGUACAAGAAUGGAAAACUCCUCUCUGUGGAAAGGAGCAACCGAAUCGUAGUGGAUGAAGUUUAUGACUAUCACCAGGGCACAUAUGUAUGUGAUCACACUCAGUCGGAUACUGUGAGUUCGUGGACAGUCAGAGCUGUUGUUCAAGUGAGAACCAUUGUGGGAGACACUAAACUCAAACCAGAUAUUCUGGAUCCUGUUGAGGGCACACUGGAAGUAGAACUUGGAAAGCCUUUAACUAUUAGCUGCAAAGCACGAUUUGGCUUUGAAAGGGUCUUUAACCCUGUCAUAAAAUGGUACAUCAAAGAUUCUGACCUAGAGUGGGAAGUCUCAGUACCUGAGGCGAAAAGUAUUAAAUCCACUUUAAAGGAUGAAAUCAUUGAGCGUAAUAUCAUCUUGGAAAAAGUCACUCAGCGUGAUCUUCGCAGGAAGUUUGUUUGCUUUGUCCAGAACUCCAUUGGAAACACAACCCAGUCCGUCCAACUGAAAGAAAAGAGAGGAGUGGUGCUCCUGUACAUCCUGCUUGGCACCAUCGGGACCCUGGUGGCCGUGCUGGCGGCGAGUGCCCUCCUCUACAGGCACUGGAUUGAAAUAGUGCUCCUGUACCGGACCUACCAGAGCAAGGAUGAGACGCUUGGGGAUAAAAAGGAUUUUGAUGCUUUCGUAUCCUAUGCAAAAUGGAGCUCUUUUCCAAGUGAGACCACUUCAUCUCUGAGUGAAGAACACUUGGCCCUGAGCCUAUUUCCUGAUGUUUUAGAAAACAAAUAUGGAUAUAGCUUGUGUUUGCUUGAAAGAGAUGUGGCUCCAGGAGGAGUGUAUACAGAAGACAUUGUGAGCAUUAUUAAGAGAAGCAGAAGAGGAAUAUUUAUCUUGAGCCCCAACUAUGUCAAUGGACCCAGUAUCUUUGAACUACAAGCAGCAGUGAAUCUUGCCUUGGAUGAUCAAACACUGAAACUCAUUUUAAUUAAGUUCUGUUACUUCCAAGAGCCAGAGUCUCUACCUCAUCUUGUGAAAAAAGCUCUCAGGGUUUUGCCCACAGUUACUUGGAGAGGCUUAAAAUCAGUUCCUCCCAAUUCCAGGUUCUGGACCAAAAUGCGCUACCACAUGCCUGUGAAAAACUCUCAGGGAUUCACGUGGAACCAGCUCAGAAUUACCUCCAGGAUUUUUCAGUGGAAAGGACUCAGUAGAACAGAAACCACUGGGAGGAGCUCCCAGCCUAAGGAAUGGUGAAAUGAGCCCUGGAGCCCCCUCCAGUCCAGUCCCUGGGAUAGAGAUGUUGCUGGAUAGAACUCACAGCUCUGUGUGUGUGUGUUCAGGCUGAUAGGAAAUUCAAAGAGUCUCCUGCCAGCACCAAGCAAGCUUGAUGGACAGUGGAAUGGGAUUGAGACUGUGGUUUAGAGCCUUUGAUUUCCUGGACUGGACAGACGGCGAGUGAAUUCUCUAGACCUUGGGUACUUUCAGUACACAACACCCCUAAGAUUUCCCAGUGGUCCGAGCAGAAUCAGAAAAUACAGCUACUUCUGCCUUAUGGCUAGGGAACUGUCAUGUCUACCAUGUAUUGUACAUAUGACUUUAU